AAGAAAGUCAACUUUAACUUGUAACGGUGUUUGCUUCAUAGAUACAUAGAGCAACACGACCGACACGGCCAGGACGGGAGUAGCCAUACACAGGUUUCCCUUCUGUCGAGUUGGGCAUACAAAUUGGGCAUAAAACCGAUGCAAUACAUGUGCGCAGGAUUUGGUGAUGUAUUGUGUUAUAUUAUUUAUGAGCGAGUGUAGUAAUUAAUUUGAGUGUAUAUAACCUCCGCAAAAAAUGACAGAAUGAUUUGAAUAGUAUUAUGUCGCUAUGGCUACUCCCUUCCAAGUUGCUCUAUGGAUAGAUGUAUAAUAGUAAAUCUAUGGUUUGCUCUUAGUUUGAAUGAGUUCGAUUGACUUUAACCAAUUGACGUUUUCAAUGAACACAACAAUGACAAUACUUAUUUGCACAGUUUUGAACUUACAAUAAUAUUAUCAAAAUGUCACAGUCGUUUCUGUUGGAGCCUGAUAUUAUAGCGGCUACUGAGAAUGUCAUGCCCGACCUUAACAAUGAUUUGGUGAUGGCCAAGAAUUUCCUCAAGCAGCAGUCUGCGGCCACUGGGGACACCUUGUAUGACCACCUCGUGGAUGUGGUGCACAAGAUCCUGUCUCAGAAGCCGCCCGACGUGGUGGACCAGUUCGAGCAGUACUCGUGGGCGGUGAAGCAGGAGAAGUUCCGCCCCAACUUCGACCUGCUCAACGAUGUGUACCUCGCGCCACCGCAGCUCGCGCUCGUGCGCAGGCUCGACGAGAUGUUCAGGCUGAUUGCGAGUAAGAAUCAAAAGCUGGACGAACUGGGUGAAGAGGAACAGGAGCUGGACUUGGAGGAGGACAACGUCAAGCCGCGAGUCGCUGAUCUCAUCGAACACAACUACUACUUCAGAGAGGCUGGCUACGGUCUGCCGGACAGCGAAUGCUAUGCUUUGUACAUCGCACUAAACAUGUUGGCCAUCAAGGAACCUGUGGCCACAGUCAGAUUCUUUGGCAAGAUUUACGGAACAAAGGCAAAUUAUUAUAUAGCGGAGACUGACUUGACGAUAGAAGAGCUUGACCGCCGGAUCAGGGAAUUUGAGAUGAAGGACAUGCCGGGCGAGGGCGAGGACAUGGAGGAAGGCCGUGCACAGGAAGCCGAGGAACAGAAAGAGAUAAUGGGUGAAGGCGAGAUGCGUGAGGACAAGCCCAAGGAGCCGGUGCCGCCCAAGCUGCCGCCCGAGCCGGUGUCCACGUGGCAGCCGACGCCGCCCGUGCCUGUCGAGCGCCCCGGACAGGGGGUCAACAAGAAGGUGUACUGGGUGUGCAGCCAGCCGGGCGAGCCGUGGGUGUGCCUGCCCGACGUGACGCCGCAGCAGCUGGUGGUGGCGCGCCUCACCGCCCGCUGCAUGACCGGCGACCUGGACGCUGAGGUGAUCACAUUCCCCCCGUUCGAGGGGACCGAGCGGAACUACCUGCGCGCGCAGCUGGCUCGCCUCGCCGCCGCCACCGCCGUGUCGCCGCAGGGAUUCUUCACCUACGGCUCCGGAGAGGAGGAGGAAGACAUUGACUUGGAGGAGGGCGCGGGUGACAUGGAGUUCAAUCCGAACCCGUUCUACCAGGGGCACACGCUGAAGGACCUGCUGGACCCCAACCUUACGUACUGGGUGCACCACGGCCGACACAUCUUAAAACAAGGACGCACAAUAUGGUGGAACCCCAACGCUGACAUGGAAGAAGGUUUGGAGGAGGAAGAGGACGAAGGUCCACCACCCGCGGUCCCGGAGUCUGGUCCGUCGCUAUUCAGUCCCCUGGCGGAGGACGCGCGCGUAGACGGCAUGCGGGCGUGGACACCGCGACAGAGCUCCGCGCUCGCCCCGCAGCGGGCGCUCGCCGUCAUACGCAGCACGCUGUGGCCCGGCGCUGUAGCCUACGCCACCACUGGCAAACGUUCAGAGUGCAUGUACGUGGGUUGGGGUCUGAAGGCGCAGAUUCCCAACUGGUCGCCGCUGCAGCUACCGCGGCCGCAGGACGAGUACCCUGUAGGCCCUGAGGUCAUGGAGAUGGCCGACCCAACAUUUGCUGACGAGGAGGCCUAUCGGAUUGCCCAUUUACCCCCACCCCCGCCCCCCGAGCUGCCCGGGGAGGGAGAAGGCUUCGGCGAAGAAGAGGAAGACGAAGAUUAAACAUAAAAUCCUGUUCGUCGCUCUAUCCCUUUCUCAUGCACACACAUGCCGAUCAUCAGAGCGAGAGAAUGUACGUGAUGUAUCUCGUUCUAGAAUACCACGUUUGGUCAGAGAUGGAGCAACUUGGAUAGUUAAACUGAUAAAUGUAGAUGGAGCAACUUGGGUACUUAAAGUGAUCAAUGUGGAUGGAGCAACUUGGGUAGUUAAAGGGAUCAAUGUGGAUGGAGCAACUUGGGUAGUUAAAGGGAUCAAUGUGGAUGGAGCAACUUGGGUAGUUAAAGGGAUCCAUGUGGAUGGAGCAACUUGGGUAGUUAAAGGGAUCCAUGUGUUAUUUAGAAGACAAGUUUAUUUAUAUUAAUAAAACAUAGUUGUUAUAUAUAUUUUUUCAUUAGAGAGUGCCUUAUCUAGAUUCUAAAACGCAUCAGAAGUUAGGUCCGGAAAGAAAAUAAAACAUAAAAUAACGCUUGCAAAACUAUAUUUAAAUGAACAGAAUUAAUAUUUACAAUAACAAUAAUAUCACUUCAAUAGAAACAAUUUUCAUAGACUGACUUGAGUUCGACCUGGGUUUUACAAUGCGUUCAAUUUCAAACCUUGCUACACAUAAUGUUACUCUUAUAAUAGAUUUACAGUUUCUUCUGUUUGCUCCAAGCUUUAACUGUUGUAUUUAUAUAACCAGAAAAAAAAUAUGUAAGGCUUUGGCCUCAUAUCUAGUGGUCUGUGUAAGCAAAAAAAUCACGAAAUUAGUGUGUUAUGGUGGUUACAAACUGUGUUUAAUAAUCUGUUUUUAUCAUUGCAUUCCUUAUUGUACCCUCGUAUUUUAUUGCAACAACAAAGCUUCUCACCGUCAAAUUGUUUUUUAUCAUCUAUAUAUAUAAAACUCAAAGGUGACUGACUGACAUAGUGAUCUAUCAACGCACAGCCCAAAACACUGGACGGAUCGGGCUGAAAUUUGACAUGCAGGUAGAUUUUAUGACGUAGGCAUCUGUUAAGAAACGAUUUUGAUCAAUUCUAUCCCCAAGGGGAUAAAAUAGGGAAUAAAAGUUUGUAUGAAACUUUGUCAAUUUUAAACCGAUCGGGCUGAGACUUUGCAUGCAGGUAUAAAGAAGAAUCAUAGAUGAAUGUCAUUGUGUAUAAUACAAGCCUGAGAACAAAAACUGUAGUCUACAAUUCAGCUCUACACCGAAGCGAAGCGAGGGCGGGCCGCUAGUUUCUUUACAAAACUAAAUUUAUCAGAAUCUAUUCAUCAGUAUUAGACCUAUUCUAGACGGAUGUUAUCCAGCGUACCAACCAAGGAGACCUUGCCCAUUGCCAUCUAGACGAAGUAUGUAAUCCAAAUUUUGAUUUGACUUUCAACGAUUACGUGUUGGCGCGUAGAUUACAUCCGAGUAGCCAAAAAUGAUAACGCGGAUGGAAACCAACUUCCCACCAAGGUCACCUUGGUUGGUAUGCUGGAUUAAAUCCGUCUAGAAUAGGCUUAAUCGUGAUUUUUCAAAUUCAAAUUCUUUAUUGCAUAGUCACAUGGUUAAAAGAUGACAAUUUAGUAAUAUAUUAUACUAGCGGACCCGACAGACGUUGUCCUGUCUACACGUCUUUGUGAAUCUAAACCAUUCUCAGAUCCCCUUGAACACACACAAAAAAUUUCAUCAAAAUCGGUCCAGUCGUUUAAGAGAAGUUCAGUGACAUACACACUCACAGAAGAAUUAUAUAUAUAAAGAUAUAGAACAUGUGACUCCCUGCAAGGGUGUUUGCAAUUUAUUUAUACAUAAAAAUAAUUAAUAAUAUUUUAUACAAUUACAUCAGUUGAACAAGAAUGGGCAUACAGGGCGGCGCUACUACAGCAUUUACAUGUAUUAAUUAAAAAUGAGCAAAAUUGUAGACACUAACUAUUCAAUAAUUCAACUACUACUAUUUAUAUUACACAAGUAUCACAUAAUGUAUAUAUCUAUAGCUUUAUGUAUUUCGUGAGUAAAUGUUAGAGCUGAUUUAAUAACUCAAAUAUACCCUAAAAGGGAGUGAACAGUACUCCUAGCAUGAACCAAUAUCGAAUUCGUAUCGUUUGCGAGUCCGAAAUGUCAUUGUCAAUUGAACAUUAGCGCCAUAACGUACGUAAUGAGAACUACAAAUCAGUACACAUUUGACAAUGACAUUUCGGACUCGCAAACGUUACGAUUUCGAUAUUGGUAUAGGGUAUUUUCCAAAUUUUUAAAAACUGACUUUGAUUUACAGAUGGGGACAAACAAUUUCACAGAAAAAUAAAAAUAAAUUAAUUAAUGUAUUUUUUUCUCCAUUAGACUAAUUAAAGUUGAAUUUAUUUUUAAUGGUUUUGAAUUUACCGCCAAAACUCUUGGUUCGAUUACGUCUACUGUGUGACGUCAACUUUGUGUAUGCUAUAAUCAUAUGAAGGUCAAAUCACUUACUUUUAUUACGUUCAGGAUAAAAUAGUACAAUACUUACACAAAAUCAGGAUUAGUAGCGAAGAAAUUUGCAAAGUAUUAUACUAUAAAUUUAUCGCGAACGUAAAAAAAGUUAAUAAUUUGACCUUCAGAUGAUUACAUAGCAUACACAAAGUUGACGUCAUCGAACCGAGUGUUUUAGCGGUCAAUAAAUAAUAAUAAUAAGGUAUGUAUUUCAUAGAAGUGUUGGGUCAAGCGAUUACAGCGCCCCUUGUGGCCAAAUUUUGCAUAUAUCUUGUCCAUUGAAUCGAGCGUAUGAUUCACACGUUUCCACUUCUGUUUGUUGGAAAUGAGACCUUAAAACAACUUCUGUGAGUACUACUUCUUAAUUGCUGAAGAUGGUCCUUAAUAAUAAUGGACAAAGUAUGAUAUCUACCCCCUUCUUCUGCUUACGUUUGUGUCUGCCAAUUGAAAGUAGACCUUAUAACAGUUGAAUCGAGCGUAUGAUUUGUUUGUUGUUUUGAUUUGUACUCGUAUUUGUUGGAAAAGAGAAUUUAAAACAACUGAAUAGAGUCAAUAUCUACUUCUUAUGUUUAUGCAAGUGCGGUGCCGACAGUUUAACCUUCCCCGGAAAGUUUCUAGCGAUGUUUUCCUCACUGACUGCUUUUAAUAAGUCCCUCUCGCGCGGGGCAGCGUUCUUGUCGCGUAGGAACACAUAAAUUAUACAGAUUGAUUGCUGAAAAAUGGUCCUUAAUACAAGUGAAUAAAGAACGUUUAUUACCAUUUCUACUUUUUCUGUUCGUGUCUGCCAGUUGAAAGUAGACCUUAUAACAAGUGAAUCGAGCGUAUGAUUUGUUUGUUGUUUUGAUUUCUACUCCUAUUUGUUGGAAAAGAGAACUUAAAACAACUAAAUAGAGAAACACAUAAAUUAUACCGAUUGAUUGCUGAAAAAUGGUCCUUAAUACGAGUGAAUAAAGAACGUUCAUUACCAUUUCUACUUUUUCUGUUUGUGUCUGCCAGUUGAAAGUAGACCUUAUGACAAUUUAAUCGAGCGUAUGAUUCACAAGUUGUUGUAAGUAUGUUUUUGGUGGAAAAUUGACCUUAAAACAACUGAAUAGAGUCAAUAUCUACUUCUUAUGUUUAUGCAAGUGCGGUGCCGACAGCUUCACCUUCCCCGGGAAGUUUCUAGAGAUGUUUUCUUCACGGACUGCCUUUAAUAAGUCUCUCUCGCGCGGGGCAGCGUUCUUGUCGCGAAGAAACACAUAAAUUAUACCGAUUGAUUGCCGAAAAUAGUCCUUAAUACAAGUGAAUAAAGAACCUUAAUUACCAUUUCUACUUUUUCUGUUCGCGUCUGCCAGUUGAAAGUAGACCUUAUGACAGUUUAAUCGAGCAUAUGAUUCACAAGUUGUUGUAAGUAUGUUUUUGGUGGAAAAGUGACCUUAAAACAACUAAAUAGAGUCAAUAUCUACUUCUUAUGUUUAUGCAAGUGCGGUGCCGACAGCUUCACCUUCCCCGGAAAGUUUCUAGCGAUGUUUUCUUCACGGACUGCCUUUAAUAAGUCUCUCUCGCGCGGGGCAGCGUUCUUGUCGCGUAGAAACACAUAAAUUAUACCGAUUGAUUGCCGAAAAUAGUCCUUAAUACGAGUGAAUAAAUACCGUUCAUUACUUUUUCUACUUUUUGUGUACGCGUCUGCCAGUUGAAAGUAGACCUUAUAACAGUUGAAUUGAGAGUAUGAUUUGUUUGUUAUUUUGAUUUGUACACGUAUUUGUUGGAAAAGAUAACUUAAAACAACUGAAUAGAGUCAAUAUCUACUUCUUAUGUUUAUGCAAGUGCGGUGCCGACAGCUUCACCUUCCCCGGGAAGUUUCUAGCGAUGUUUUCUUCACGGACUGCCUUUAAUAAGUCUCUCUCGCGCGGAACAGCGUUCUUGUCACGUAGGAACACUUGUACCGCAGCUUUGGCCGCUUUGCCACGCUUGCUGGUGCCCGGGGUAAGCUUCACUUUGUACCUGAAUAUAAGAUUUUGUUUAAUACAUGAGCACAGCGAGUGGAACUAUAAAGUUAUAGUAUUUUUAGGAGUUUUUAACGUGUAACAUCUUUCCUCUCGCUUUCGUGCAAUUUGUGGGAGUGAUCACGUGAAGUGGGACGGAAUUGUGUAACAGGAAGUUUGGGAAGCGCGCGCUAUUUGAUUUGAUUUUAGAACAUAAUGUUCAAAUGGCUUAUUCCUUUUGUAGUAGGUUUAUUGUAAUUAAAAUGCGUCUGUGUGUGUAUGUGUUUGGAUGUAUGUAUCUAUAUCCAUAAAUGCUGUGUCAUAACCAUGAUUGUGUACCCUAUACUAUGGCAAAUUCACAUUCUCAAUUUUUUGUUGUAUUUGUCGUAUACAAUAAGUAGAUUUUUUACUGUAUGUUAAUGUCCUAAGCUGUAUAGACAUAUUUGUAAUAGAUUGCUGUAACCUAACUAAUCCCAAGGAGGAGGAUGGACCGGUGCUCUGAAAUACAAGCUCGGCUUAGUUCAGACACCGACCUCUCACGACAUCAAUGGUACUCACACUAUGAUUGUUAAAUGUCUAUCUAUCCAUAUGCUUAUAAAAAUGUAAUUAGUUAUUUAAAAAAAAUGUUGUCGAUGCCAAAAUGUUGUGACGAGAAAUAAACGAUUUAUUUAUUUAUUAUAAUUUCUUUUUUUACUAAUAUAAGGUCCCUCCAGACCACGUGAUCUUCGCUCUUGCAGGCACCUUACCCUUAAAACUUUUUUUCACCAUUCAGGGUUCGUUUCCAAAUCUUUCGCCAUCACAGCUAUACCUCUUUGGAAUGCUUUGCCACUGAAUAUUCGCAGUGCACGUAAUAAGCUACAAUUCAAAAAACUAGUGCGUGCUCACUAUCUGUCAAACUAAUUUUCCUCUUAAUCUGUAGUCAUCUAUACAUCAUAAUUUUUUUUUUUUACUAAUAUUAGUGUAUGUAUGUUUAUUUAUGUAUUUAUUUAUAAAUAUAUAUAUUUAUAUGAAUAUAUAUGUAUAUCAGUAUAUGUGUAGGUAUAAUAUGUAUUUUAUAUUUAUUGUUGUUAUAGAAUAGUUAGGUAUUGUAGAUAGUUUUCAUGAUCCACACUAAGUAGCUCAUAUUCUAUCGCCAUUACAUUUCAUCUCCUACACCUUUAGUGGUUGACUGGUAGAGAAUGCCUAUGGCAUUAAGUCCGCCAUUUACUGUUUUUAUGGUAAUAAAGAAUAAAUAAAUAAAAUAAAUAAAUAAGGUGAGGUUUCAAAUGUAACACAUCAUACGCGACUACUGUAAGGCUCGCUCGUUUUUUUUCCAACACACACUAAUCAGCCUAGCUCCAAAGUAAGCACUGUAGGCUUGUGUUAAGGAAUACUAGGGUAACGAAUACAAUACAUAUACUGAUACAUAUAUAAGUAUCUUUAUAUAGAAACACAUAUUCAACAUCCAUGCCUGUAGUACAAAUGCUUGUAUUCAUCACACAAACAUCUGCCCUCACCGGGAUUCGAACCCUCCAGUAGGCGGAUACCUUAAAACCCGGCGUACAAACGACUCGGCCAUGGAGGUCGUCAAUAUAAUCUUAAGUAAUAAAUUUAAGUUAAAAUAAAUCCAGUAAAAGAUUUGUUUAGAUUUAAAAAUCAAGUAGUUUAAAUGAUUCACUUAUUUAAGUAAUGAAUUGGGCCAAAGGAAUGGUAUGUAAAGGAAAUAUUACUAGAAAAAGAAAACUACGCGGCCCAGACAGCGGACGGGACUCGAACCGGCACGCUCCGCUAUCCAGACGGAUGCACUGACCAAUCAUGCUUUCGCAACCUUAAUGACCGUGUCGAUUUUGUUCUAGUAUUCUUAGGCCGCAAGACAGCGCCAUCUUUUCGCAUUAUAGGUAAGAGUCCCGGCUGCUGCCUGGACCGCGGAUUUUUUUAUAGUAAUAUUUUCUUUAAAUUUAAACAAAUAGAUAGAUAAAUGAUGUAUGCAGUAAUUAGUAUGGUCCGUUUCACACGUUUUGAGAGCGAAUGUAAACAAAAACUUUACCUCCCAAUUAGUUACCGUAGAUUUUAAACAUCAUCAGAGUAUUAAUGUCAGGAGGAGCUCGAGAUAGUACAUUUUUGGUCACCCAUCCAACGACCGACCACUGCCAAAGUUGCUUAACCUCAACGAUCGCAGCCGAACGCGCUAACCACUUGCGCCAUCGAGCUCCUCAAUUUUUCAAUCAAAUCUAAAGAAUCUCAAUCAUCAUCAAAUUGAUCAAUUUAUUUUGAUAAGGCUUUACGAAUUCCUAUCACUAUAGCUGCUGCAUAUUGUAAAGUUUUCCCCAUAGAGGUAUAAGAAUAGAGUGGUAUAGGGAAGGCGGCUCUAAAAGUGUCCGUCUAGUAGAAAGAGAAUGAAUAUGAGAGACCGCUAGCUAUCUCUCUCUCUUGAGACGCAUGGCAUCCAAUGGCAUCAC